AUGGCACCACGGCGGCUGAGUCUCUUUGGCGUCGAGAGUAGCGACAGCGAUGACGAUGGUUUCGCCCACCGUACCACCACCACCCCUACCUCCAAGCUCGUCUUGCCCCCAGACUUCAGCGAGAUCGACUUUACCGACGACGAGCGCAUGGGAGACUUACGUGAGAAACCAGACCUCCCCGCCGACAUUCUCCGCCCACGUCCGUACGAGGACGUAGCCAUCUGCGACGACACCGCCAUCAUCCCCGCCCCGAUCGCCCAAUACCUCAAGCUAUACCAGAUCGAGGGCGCUGAGUUCCUCUUCGAGAAAUAUAUGCAUCAAUCAGGCGCUAUCCUUGGUGACGAUAUGGGACUUGGAAAGACCAUCCAGGUCAUUGCCUUCAUGACAGCAGCGUUCGGCAAGACGGGCGACGAGAGAGACGCAAAACGCAUGCGGAAGAUGCGGAAAGAAGGCGAAUUCUACCCGAAAGUCCUCAUCAUCUGCCCCUCGGCACUCAUGGCAAACUGGGCGAACGAGCUAGAUCGCUGGGGCUGGUGGAAGGUCUACAAGUACCACGGCAACCCUGCGGCGAAGGAAGAGGCUCUCUCAGCGGCCGAGAAAGGCCGACUCGAAGUCAUGAUCACCACGUACACCACCUACAAGAACAACCAGGAUACUAUCAACGACAUUGACUGGGACUGUGUAGUCGCAGAUGAGUGCCACACCUUCAAAGAGAGAAAGUCAGAGACGUGCAAGGCCAUGAACAACCUGAACGCAUUCUGCCGCAUAGGCUUGAGUGGCACUGCUAUCCAGAACAAAUACGAGGAACUGUGGACACUCCUGAACUGGACGAAUCCCGGCGCUCUUGGACCCAUCUCGCAAUGGAAAUCGAGCAUCUGCGUACCACUGAAGAUUGGCCAGAGCCAUGACGCUACAUACUCUCAACUCGCCAAAGCCCGUCGCAUUGCCACCAAGCUGGCCAAACAUCUCCUUCCCCGAUUCUUCAUCCGCCGCACGAAGGCGCUCAUUGCACAUCAACUCCCAAAGAAGAGCGACAGAGUCAUCUUCUGCCCUUUGACAGAGAAGCAGGCCGAGGCCUACAACAACUUCUGCGACUCGGAGCUUCUGCACGUUAUCCGCGACUCUUCAACACCCUGCGACUGCGGCUCCGGAAAGAAGUCUGGAUACUGCUGCUAUGGAGAUGUCGACGAUUUUGGCCCAUGGAAGAACCAAGUCUUUCCCGUUCUGCACACUCUCCAAAAGCUGUCGAAUCAUCUCGGACUGCUUCUCCCCUCCGGGACAGCCGAUCCAGAGAAGCAUGAGAAAGAACUGCAGAGACUUAAGCUCGCAGUGCCUAAUGAUUGGAAGAGACUCUACGAACAGCGAGACAACCUCAACACAUUCGCCAACGCUGAGUUCUGUGGCAAGUGGAAGGUACUGAAGCGGCUGCUCGAUCUCUGGCAUAAGAACGGCGACAAAGUCUUAAUCUUCUCACAUUCAACACGACUACUGAAGAUGCUUCACAAGCUCUUCCAAUUCACCGCCGGCUACAACCUCUCUUACCUUGACGGAAGCAUGCAAUUGGACGACCGCCAGAACGUAGUCGAUGAGUUUAAUACUGAUCCAUCGUCGUUCGCAUUCCUUAUAUCCACCAAGGCAGGCGGCGUCGGACUCAAUAUCACAAGCGCAAACAAGGUCGUUGUUGUGGAUCCAAACUGGAAUCCAGCAUGGGACCAGCAAGCACAGGAUCGAGCAUACCGCAUCGGCCAAACUCGAGAUGUCGAAGUCUUCAGACUCAUCUCAGUCGGUACCGUCGAAGAGAUCGUGUAUGCCAGACAGAUCUACAAGCAACAGCAAGCCAACAUCGGAUACAAUGCAUCAGUCGAGCGACGCUACUUCAAGGGCGUGCAGGACCAGAAGGAUCAGAAGGGAGAGAUCUUCGGCCUGUCGAAUCUGUUUGCACCGAUGAAAGAGAAUGUGGUACUUAGAGACAUUGUCAACAAGACCAAUGUCGCAGAAUCAAGAGCAGGCUAUGAAAUCGCCGGCCUUGACCUCGAAGCGAGCCAAGAAGAUGGCGACUCACUCGCACUUCUGGACGUAGACGACCCAAAUGCAGCAAUGAGCCAACUGGCCGCUGACAUCAUUGACGAACCAGGAGCGAAGCGCAAACUCGCAAAGGAGCUGGCGAAGAAGCAGGAUCCUGUACAGGCCAUUCUCGCAUCAGCAGGGGUCGAAUACUCGCACGAGAAUGCGGAGGUGAUUGGAACGUCGAAGAUUGAGACGAGGAUUUCCAGCCGAGCACAGAAAGCCGGCAACGACACAGACCACAUCAACGAACUCGCAUUUGCGAGAGGAGGCUCCCAGGUGGAGGCCCCACUGACUGAUAGAUCACGGAACGAAAUCGCAGACGAUGAUGCUGUCGACAUGGAGGACGGACUGGGCAAGAUCCGGUACAAGUUCCAUCCACCCCUUGACGUCCGCAAGCGGCAGUUUUGCACCAUGGCGAAGCAGUUCGGAUACGACGACAUCGCGGAGUUUGGGAUGGUGGUUGAGGGGUGGACGCAGGAGCAGCGGCGAGACUGCCUCGAGAAGUUCUAUCUUGGGCGGCGGGCGAAGCUGGCCGAGAAGGCUGGGUGA